GGAGGCCUGCAGAGCGCAUGCUCCGGGGCAGUUCGCGGCCCGGCCGCCGAGCGCUGGAGUUCCUCGGGGCCGCCCCGCACCGCACCCAGGAGAAGAUGCCACCAAAGCGCAUAGCUAAGAGAAGGUCACCCCCUGAAGAUGCCAUCCCCAAAAGCAAGAAGGUGAAGGACUCUCGUAACCAGGCAGUGAGGGCCACUGUCUCCCGCCGAGGUCCCGCUGCCCGCUCCUGCCAAGUCUCACACAGGUCCCACAAAACAGAACCAGGCUUGGUGCUGACAUUGGGCCAGGGUGAUGUGGGCCAGCUGGGGCUGGGUGAAAAUGUGAUGGAGAGGAAGAAACCAGCCCUGGUACCCCUUCCAGAGGAUGUUGUACAGGCUGAAGCUGGCGGCAUGCAUACCGUGUGUCUGAGCAAAAGUGGCCAGGUCUACUCCUUUGGUUGCAACGAUGAGGGUGCCCUCGGAAGAGACACGUCAGUUGAGGGCUCAGAGAUGGUCCCUGGUAAAGUAGAACUGCAAGAGAAGGUGGUACAGGUGUCAGCAGGAGACAGUCACACAGCAGCCCUCACUGAGGAUGGCCGUGUCUUCCUCUGGGGCUCCUUCCGGGACAAUAAUGGUGUGAUUGGGCUGUUGGAGCCCAUGAAGAAGAGCAUGGUGCCUGUGCAAGUGCAGCUGGACAUGCCUGUGGUAAAGGUCGCCUCAGGAAAUGACCACUUGGUGAUGCUGACAGCUGAUGGUGACCUCUACACAUUGGGCUGUGGGGAGCAGGGUCAGCUGGGCCGUGUGCCCGAGUUAUUUGCCAAUCGUGGUGGCCGUCAGGGACUUGAACGACUCUUGGUGCCCAAGUGUGUGCUACUGAAAUCCAGGGGGAGCCGGGGCCAUGUGAGGUUCCAGGAUGCCUUCUGUGGUGCCUAUUUUACUUUCGCCAUCUCCCGCGAGGGCCAUGUAUAUGGCUUUGGCCUCUCCAACUAUCACCAGCUUGGAACACCGGGCACAGAAUCUUGCUUCGUACCACAAAACUUAACAUCUUUCAAGAACUCCACCAAGUCCUGGGUGGGCUUCUCUGGUGGCCAGCACCAUACAAUCUGCAUGGAUUCAGAAGGAAAAGCCUACAGCUUAGGCCGGGCUGAGUACGGGCGGCUGGGCCUUGGGGAAGGUGCUGAGGAGAAGAGCAUACCCACGCUCAUCUCCAGGUUGCCCACCAUCUCUUCAGUGGCUUGUGGGGCAUCUGUGGGGUAUGCUGUGUCCAAAGAUGGUCGUGUUUUUGCCUGGGGCAUGGGCACUAACUACCAGCUUGGCACAGGACAGGAUGAGGAUGCCUGGAGCCCCGUGGAGAUGAGCGGCAAACAGCUAGAAAACCGUGUGGUUUUAUCUGUGUCCAGUGGGGGCCAGCACACAGUCUUACUAGUUAAGGACAAGCAACAGAGCUGAUGAUGUCUGAGGGCCUGGCUUCUGGCUCCCUACCCUGCCUCAGAACAGGAAAGCAGCUAAAGAGACUCCUGAAGGCCUUUCCCUAGCCCUGAGUGCUUUGUCACCUCCUGCCUUUUCUCAUCAGCAGAGCAAAUUCCUUUUCUUCUUUUUCUUCCUCCUUUCUGGACUAAUCCUGGGAUUUGCAGGAUGAAGGGGGCCGAGAGGGGUUCUCAGAAGGAACACUGCUUACCCUAGACCUAUGUGGUUACACUUUUCCUCUCUCCUACUCCCUUGUCUCCCAUGGUCCUGGCUGGCCCUGACUUUGCCUACCAAAAACCAAAACUUCCUCCCUUGGGGUUUGGAGAAGUUGGGGCUCCAUCAAGCCCCACUCGAGUCAUUUCCACUCUUCCUGUCCUUAGCAGUACACGGGAAAACAGAUGGUGCAGUCAUCAGAUCCUGUUGUGAAACCCUUGCCUGGGCAAUCUCGACAAAGGCUUUGCCAGGGCUGUGGAUAAUCCCAAGCCAAAUAUUUGGCUCUAAACAGGUGUCCAUGGGGCAAAAGACAGUGAUCCACUUGAAGAAAGCCAGCUAGCUGUUCCCCCAAAAGCACAAAGCAUUCUCCUGUCUCUCAGGCAUUGCCUGUGCGUUCCCCUGUCAUUUGGCCUCGCCUGCUACCUGGACUGGAAAGCCAUCUUGGUGCUGCUGGGCACUUAAGGCACAAUGUUGGGGGAGAGAAGGGGAUGGGUUUUAUAAGUGGCAAUUCUGAGGGGGGCUGGGAAAGAGGUUUGAGGGGCAGAGGCUGGUCCUAAGAAAAGGAAGCAGCAACUUGUAUAGUGGCUGAGAAAAUAGUUUUGAUUUUUUUUUAAUUGUAAAAUAUUUUGGAGGGGACAGUAAAAUCUUUUAACAUUUUUAAUAAAUUUAGAGUUUUAUAAAAUAGGAUACUUGUUUUCUACUCACUCCCCGGGAUUUUGUUUUGAUUUUUGAGGGAACACCUGCUGUAUGCCUGGCAUUGCCCAUGAAUCUGUCAAGACUAGCUCAAAAGACAUCAAGAGGUGCCAAGGUGCCCAUGUCUAUCAUCUAGCAGCUGCCAUAUGGCCACUCCCGCAGGUUCUUCUAAUUCAUUGAAAAGAAGAGUUUGGUGUUUAUGAUUUGGGAAUCACUGAAUUUUUUUUUUUUUUUAA